AGUGCUGCAAGAUCAAAGAAUGUGUGGGGAAAACCAGAAAUAACGAAUGUAUUACAUUGAUUGUUAAUAUGUAAUCAUUUAAUUGUACACAUUGACAAAUCCCGUUUUGAUCGCUGAUGGUGACACUUUUAUUUUGAAAUUUCCGCUCAGAUCUUCGUUCUUCGCUUCCUGUGAAAGCCGUGCAUCGACUUCUACAUUUAAGAGGUUUUUGGCUGGAUUUCAUAUAAGAAGACAUCUUUUGGGACAACUUACGAGAUGUUAACAAGGAAGGAUAAAGUCUCCGAAAGUGUUCAGCCUACCUUUGCACUGUACCAGAAGAGUCUCGUUGCUGUCUGGAGGAUGACCACAUAGGAAGCAGACAUUCAGUGUGGGCUAGAAAACUUGGAAGAGCUUUUAUUCAAGAUGAAUGUCUUACAAGGAAAAGAAAACAUACAAGGCAAAGAAGAACAGUAGGUGAAUUCACUGCAGAUGGAAAACAAGGACAACUGCUGUAUGAAGAAAAAAGAAAAAAGAUGGAUGCCAACAAAGUAUGGCAGUGGCGCAUUAUGUGUGUAGACAAAUAUUCAAGACAUCCAGAACCUUUCCAGUGCAGCAAUAGGAUUGGAUUGGAUUUUAAUGUAGCAUCCAACAACCAUCAAAAACUGGAUAUAGGUUUAGUGACAAAUGGGGUCAUACUUGAGGUCUGUGACUUUGCUAAAACAGUAAACAAGAGUAAAAGGCAUUUUUUCACAAACAUUUUAGAGAACAAUUUCAAUCUUGAUUUGGAAAAUGAUCAACAGCGGAUUGACUUUACAUCUCGAAUUAUGCGCAAAGUUAAAAACUUGAUUGGGAAACCUAAAGAUAAAAAUGAAGUUUUCACUCUCUUUGACACACCAUGUAAUCCAGAAUGCUCGAGCAGCAAUGAACCGAACAUGGUAUCCACAAAGCAUAAGACUGAAAGUAUCCUGGUGGAGACGGAUGACACUGAUGAUUGGGAACAUGAAGAUGAAUUACAGUGUUCACAAGCAACAUCCAAAGAUUGCAUUAAGGCAGAAAGUCUCUUGGAAGUGAUGGAUAGGGCACAAAGUGAUGACAGUGACUAUGAAGAUGAAUUAAAGUUUUCAGAAGCACAGUCAGCAGAGAAACAAAAAGAUGAUGAUUUUUCCAAGUUGUUUCCCUUUUGUGAGAAAAUUGGUCUGAACCUUGAUUUUGGGUCAAAACAAAGUCUAGAGCCAGGUUUGCUGACAAAGGGCAUAAUGUUAGAGUUAAUUCACUUCACCAGAAUUCUCACUGCAUCCUACAGCCCUAUUGUUCUGGAUGUUUUGGAGCACAAUUUUGAACUUGAUCUAAAAAGUCAACAAGAAAAAAGUCGAGCUUUGUUCAAGAUAUCGCACUUGCUGAAGAAAAGAACGAGAUUUCUCAACAUUGGUACCAAAAUAAGCCCAGAGUUUAAAACUGAGCUGUUUUCAUUCCAGACAAAUCCCUUCAAAAGACACAGAGAAACAGCUCUGUCUGAUAUGGAAGCUCCGCAAUAUCAGUUUAAGGAAGUGACAAAAAGAAGGCAGUCUGAUUUAAAAAGUAAACAGGCAAUCAAAAGGUGCAAAAGAGACAUGGAAACAAACACACUCUCUUAUCACACUAAUUUGUAUAGCACUACUACAGCAGAGGGAGAUCAUUGUCACACUUGUCCUGUAGGAAAGUCUGAUUCAGACUCUGGCAAAAAAUGUGACAUGGAACAAGAAGUAAUGGGAACAGAGGGAAACUGUUCUUAUCCCCUGGGAUCAUCUCAACUAAUCUUGGACAAAGCCACAGAUUCAGGAAACUUUUGCAAACAGAAUCAGUCACAAAACCCCAAAAGUUCUCUCGGCUACGACAUUCCUAGAAAACCAGAAUCAAACUGUCUUCAUGUGCCUUUCCUCAACACCAAUUACAUUGUAUCCACUUUACCAACUGAUAACUUAAAUGUGAUUCCACCACUUGCGAGUCAACCUAAUGAAGGAGGGCAUUGUGGAGUUGAGGAGAAAUCUCAGACUCCAAUAAAUGUUCCAAACAAGUCAGAUGUGGAACAAGAAGAAAUGGAAACAGAGCACGACAUGUGGAAGUUGCGUGCUAACCGUGUAAGAAAAAUCCUCUCAACAUUCGUGUUUAGUCCAUUAUUCAAGUCAAGGAAAUUUGCCCUUGAAUUCAAUGUUGGAUUUAGUGCAAAGAAGAACAUCAGUGUUGACAACUUGCAUGACGAUCAUCUGCUCGAAGUUGCUAAAUUUGCCAUAGCAAUGAAUUCAUCCAAGCAGGAUUUCAUCAUGGAGAUUCUUGAGCACAACUUUGACUUCGGCCUGCAAAGUGAAUACCAGCGAAAUAUAUUCACAUUGGAAAUUAUGAAUCGAGUGAGAGAGCUAGAAAAUUGUGAAGAUGCAAUUAAAUUCUCAAAUGAGGUUUUUGAGCUUCCUGGUCGUCCUGGUAUGGGCAAUGUAAAACCUCAACUCGGCAACAUAAUGAAAAUAGAAGAGUGCAAGUUUUCUCCGCUGCUCCCACCUCAUUCUCAAGCUAACACUUCAGAACAUAUUUCACAGAAAAGUUUGGAUCUUUAUCCCUUCUGCCAGGAAAUAGGUCUGAAACUAAAUGUGUACAAUCCACAGCUAAAUAAAAAACUGGAUAUUGACAAACUCUCCAAUGGAUCAAUGACUGAGGUGACAAACUUUGCAGAAAAGUUGUGUGGAAAAUUUGCCCAGAUAUGUCUUGACAUCCUCAAACACAACUUUUGCUUUGAUUUCCAAAGUGGAGAUUCUGACCUGGCCGGAGAUAUUCUUGCACGGAUUCCUUUUAUAGUGGAUAAGCAGAAUCUAUCAAAUUGUGCAAUUCAUAGAACUGGAAAGGACACCACAAAAGACUCUGCAACAAUGGUAAAACUUGAUUGCCAGAGGAACCCACAUUUAGAUGCAUGUAGUGAUGGAUCUUCUCAGUCUGUGGAAAUAGUCCGACCGGUAGGCAGAUCUACUGACUUUGUACAGCAAGAUGAGCUAAAUUUAAAGUUGUGGAAAUGUCGAGCUAAUCACAUUAAGCAAAUCCUCUCAGUACCCCAUGAAGAACAUUGCCCACUUUAUUCUUUUUCUCGAUGUCAGAAACUAGGCAUUGAUUUCAAUGUAGGAUCUGGAAUAAAACAAAAUCUUGAUCCCAAAUUGUUGACCAAUGGUAUCAUGGUUGAAAUAAACACCUUUGCUGCAGCAAUGCGAUCAGCUCAAAAGCACUUCAUCACAGAGAUACUGGAGUAUAAUUUGAAUCUUGAUUUAAAAAAUGAGCUGCAUCGCAGUGCCUUUACACAGCAAGUAUGGAAAAAAGUAAUACCAAUGAAUAUCAAGAGAUCCAAACAUUGGUUGAUGAAUACUCUUUUUGAACUGCCUGACUUGAUGUGCCUACCAAAUCCUUCAACAUAUUGCCCCAAAUGCUUUCAAGAAAGAAGUCAUAAGCUUUGUCAGAAUGACUUUGACCCUAGUCAUAUACAUCAUCCUCGUACUCGUACCACAGCGGGCGCUGUCUCUGAUGAUGCAAACUACACAGGACAAAAGACUGUAAGGGAUCGGUCUUCUACCUUCUUAGGAAGAGAGGAAACGAUAAUGGACAACUACCGUUGUUGCCAAAAAAACGGUUUUAUGCUGUUUGCAGAUGAACACCAACCAAAAUCUAAGAUUGAUAUACCUGUAUUGACAUAUGGGAUUAUGAAUGAAGUUGCCAGAUUCACCAAAAAACUGCGUGGGACUAAACUUAGCAUCAUUAAAGAUGUCCUUGAACACAACUUCAACAUGGGCAUGCAGGGGAGAAAUUUUUCUCGUACGAUGUAUUUCCAAAGACUGACACCAAACUGGUUCAAUGAAGUUUAUGUUUUUUACAAACCGAAAACUACUCAAAAGAAAAGAAAGUAUGCACUACAAACAAAGAAAACAAGAGCAAACUACACUUGUCCUCUAGGAGAGUCUGAUCUAGACUCAGACAAAAUGACAGAUUCAGAAAACCUAGGCAUUCAGAAUCACUGUUUUCUAAGCUCAGACAUCCCAGGACAAUUAGAAUCAAGUUGUCUGGGUCAUCCCGUGCCUUCCCUCACCUCCGAUGACAUCUCAUCCAGUGUACCAAAUGUAAACUCAAACGUAAACAAACCCUUUGCUAAUCAACCAAAUGAAGGAGGGCGUUGCGGAUUUGAUCAGCUGACACAAACUUCAAGAAAUGAAAUGGACAAAGGUGACAUGAAACAAGAAGAAAUGGAAACAGAGAACUCAAACCUUAACCCACCCUUUGCUAAUCAACCAAUGGAAAGAGGGUGUUUUGGAGUUGAAGUGCAAACACAAACUUCAAGAAAUACACCAAACAAAUGUGACGUGAAACAAGAAGAAAUGGAAACGGAGAACAACUUGUGGAAGUUGCGUGCUAACCGUGCAAGAAAAAUCCUCUCAACAUUCGAGUUUGGUCCAUUCAACAACUCAAAGGAAUUAGGUCUUGAAUUCCAUGUUGGAUUUGGUGCAAAGCAAAAUAUUAGGGUUGACAAUUUGCGAGACGCUCAUCUGCUUGAAGUUGCAAAAUUUGCCUUAGCAAUGAAUUCUUCCAAGCAGGAUUUCAUCAUGGAGAUUCUUGAACACAACUUUAAUUUCGGCUUGCAGAGUGAAGACCAGCGAAACAUAUUCACAUUGGAAAUUAUGAAUCGAGCGAGAAUGCUGGAAAAUUCUAAAGAUGCGAUCAAAUUCUCAAAUGAGAUUUGUGUACUUCCUAUUUUCCCUGGUAUGGGCAAUGUAAAACCUCAACUCGGCAACAUAUUGAAAAUGGAAGAGUGUGAUGUUGCUCCCGGGUUCCCAACUCAUUCACAAGCUAAAACUUCAGAACAUUUUUCACAGAAGGGUGUAGAUAUCUAUCCGUUCUGCCAUGAAAUAGGUCUGAAGUUAAAUGUUAACAAUCAUCAACCAAAUAAAAAACUGGACAUCAACAAACUGACAAAUGGAUCAGUGGCUGAAGUGACAAACUUUGCAGAAAAGUUGUGUGAGACUUUUGAGCAGAUUUGUCUUGACAUUCUGACACACAACUUCGAUUUUCAUUUGCAAAGUGGAGAUCCUGACCUUGCCAGAAGCAUUGUUGCCCGAAUUCAUGCUACAGUGGAGCAAAGGAAUCUAACACUCUAUGUGAAACCCUUCAAGGGACCAAAGAACCGAGGAAAAGAACAUCUAUUGGGGAAACUGAAAUUAAGGAACAACCUUAAUACAGAUGGAUGUAGUGCUGGUUCGUCCCAUACUGCUAUCACAAACCAAGAAGUAGGCAGUUCUGCGGUUGAACAGAAAAAUGAACUAGAUUUAAAGCUGUGGAAAGUGCGGGAAAAUCGUAUACAGCAAAUUCUCUCAACACCUCAUACUGAACAUUGUCCAUUAUAUUCUUACUCUAGAUGCAGGACAUUAGGCAUUGAUUUCAAUGUAGGAUCUGGAGAAAAACUAAAUCUCGACCCAAAAUCACUGACCAAUGGCAUCAUGGUUGAAUUGAAUACGUUUGCCACAGCACUGAUAUCAGACCAAAAGCACUUCGUCACAGAGAUAUUGGAGUAUAAUUUUCCUCUUGAUUUAAAAAAUGAACUGUAUCGCAAGGCCUAUAAAGAGCAACUAUGGACAAACAUAAAGGGAGUAAAUGGGAUGAAAAUGCACUUUGUGAAUAAGCCUUUUGAACUGCCUGGCUUGAUAUGCCUACAAAAUCCUACAAAAUAUUGCCCCAAAUGCUUUCAAGAAAGAAGUCAUAAGACUUGUCAGGAUGACUCUAACCCUAGUCACAUGCAUAAUCCAGCUACACAUACCAUGGCGGACACUGUCUCUGGGGAUGCAAACUGCACAGCACCAAAGCCUGAAAAGGUUCAGUCCUCUUCCUUCUCUGCAAUAGAGGAGAUGAUAGUGGAAUACUUUCCUGCUUGCAAGAACACAGGUUUGAACCUGUUUGUUGACAAAGACCAAGCAAGAGAUAAACUUGACACCAAUGUACUGACUCACGGAAUUAUGUUGGAAGUGGUUGGUUUUGCCAGAUCAUUGUGUGGAACAAAGGGUGAGAUCAUUGUUGAUAUCCUUGAACACAACUUUAACAUUGACUUGCAGGGGACAAGUCCUGCACGUUUGUUCUACUCUUUAGCCCAAAAGAAAGGUGGGCCUGACUGGUUUAAUGAGGUCUUUGAAAUUCCAUUUCAGUCUUCUCAGAGACAACUUCCAACUCGUAAAUCGACUCCGCGAGAUCAGAUUCAGGGUGCUGGAUGGAGGGAGGCUAUUAAAAAAAGAAAGCUGGCACUGCAAACAAAGGAGGAAAAAGACGCAAUGACAAGUGAUAAUCCUUACAAGAUACAAUACAAGAGUAAAAAAACAAAUGCAAUGUGUUGUAGUAAGGUGAUCCGUUAUCCCAAUUGCACGGAGAUAGGUUUGGAUUUGGAUGUAACAAAAUCCGGAAAGAAAGAAAAACUGCACUUGAGGCUAUUGACCCAAGCUGUAGUGUCGGAGAUACAUAAAUAUACACAAACAAAAAAAGGACACUAUUUGCCAAGCACUUGGUAUGACAUCCUUGACUAUAACUUUGAUAUUAGCUCCCAACAUAAAAGAAGCUGGGAGUUUUCAAUAGCUGUAACGACCAAAGUCCAAGCCAUGCUCAGACGUUAUGACAAAUACAGAUGCAGUAAGGUAAACAAGAUCUUCGAAUUGCCAUUUCUAUUUGCUUCCGAUGCUUCACAAAGUCAUCUAGAGAAGAGACAAAAUAAGCAAUGUCAGCUCUUUGGUCGUUUUGUGCGCCAAAUGAAGUACCAUUCAGGUGUUAAUUGUGUUCAUUUUCUCGAAGGCCACAAAACAAAAUAUUGGAUCCUUCGUGAUGGCACAAAGGUACAAAGAGAUCCUAGGAAGAUUGUCCAAAACAAUGGGAACCAAGUGGGUGAUGGUUGUGGCAGUCCUCUCCAGGGAAACUUGCAAAUCAAAGAGGAGGAGUGGCAUCCAUGUUAUGGAAAUAUAAAACCAAAACCGGACACAGAGGAAAAAUAUUGUCCUCUUCAUGAUGAUGUCAAAACGGAGUCAAACCCUGAGGGCGUUGCGCAUUUUGUCCCAGGUGAACCUACAGGAGCCCUUGGAUAUACGUUAAUGACUGCAUUGCCAGAUUCUGAAAGACGCAAAACGGAACCAGAAAAUGAGAAUGUCCAGUAUUACACCCUGGCUGCACCACAAGGGUCCGUUACACAUCCAAACACAGCUUGUAACUUAAAUACAGAAUGGGACUUUGAAAAUGUUGAGUAUUCAGUCCCAGCGGAAACAGAAGAAUCCCAGGAAUACUCCAUGGUUAUAAUAGGUCAUGGCAAUGAGAGCACAUUAAUCAAAGAAGAGGAAGAUAAUGUGCCUGUUGACUUAUACCAUUACGGUGGUCAAUGAAAGUGCAGCAGGCAUCUACCAGGGUUACCUACCAGGGUUAACAUAAAUGGUAUGUGUGUUUUGCAUUAGAAAUGCCAUUAGCUGCCUUAUUGUAAUGCAAAUGUAUUAAUUGUUGGUGUAGAAUGAACUUGAUGAUCUUGCAGUAAUGUCUUAAUGUCUUGCUGUAAUGUAUACUUUAAAUAUCUCACUGUAAAUACAAAGACUCAAAGUGUCCACAAAUAUUGAUGUAUGCUUAAAGUGUUUAAAUGCAUAGGGCUAUUACAUAUUAUAUGUUGAAGCAUUGUGAAGCAUGAACAAUUGUAAAUAAUUCAAUCUUCUUUAUUUUAUUUUUUUUGCCAGUGGCCCACUUUUGGUAAUUUCCAAAUGUGUACAAAUUUGAAUUUGGAUAUCCUGACGCUUAACUUUACUUGGCGGAAAGAAGAUUAUUUUGCUUUAUUCUUAAACAUUCUAGUCUUGUUUUCCUUCAUUUGGGCAUUUUGUUCAUAUGUCCAUAUUUCUUGUUUCUAUUUUUAAGUUUUCUCUAUUUUUCAAAAAUAUUUGAUGAGUGACAUUUUCAAGAUUUUGUAUAUUAUAAUUUUUUCAGUGGUGGUGUAAAUUGGUGAAGAUGAGUGUUAGUACUUUAUUCAUAAAUCUGCUAAUACAACAACAAUGUAGAAAGGAAAAAAUACCUGUAUCUUGAUGGAUUAGUUUGUUUUUCAUUUUGAUUUCACCACACAUGUUUGAUAUAAAGAAUGUUCAUGCAUCCUG